UUCUUCGAUUGAGAACCUCGAGCCUCUCUAAUGGAAGCAAGAAGUCAAAUAUCGAAUUUUCGAAUUUAGAGGGAAACGUAAAGCCGAUGAUCUCUCUCAGCUAUGAGUUGAGGCAUAAGGAAUAUAAGAACUUCAAUCGCCUUCUCUGUUCGGAUUCUGCAUUUCAUUUUCAUUUCACGGUCAACCAACACAAUCCGUAGAACUCGCGGGUUCGUGUUCAUAGUAAUCGAACACGGCCUCAUCUAAUUCUGUCGUAGUGGAAAUUUUUUCGAUCGUAGAGCUCUGGCGAAUUCGGGGGCUUGAGUUCGACAGUUUUUCGUUUCUUUGCCCUGUUUUUUGGGCUUGUAUUAUCGUCUUCUUUGGCUUGAUUUUUGUAUGCGAUGGCUUCGAUGACUAGCGUAAUACAGUCUCCGAUUCGUGUAUGUCGGUUGCCUUCACUUCCAUUGACUCCGAAUAGAACAGUUCCCGCCAGUUCUGUCGUUGUCAAGUGUCGAUCACUUGCUUCUAAAGCUUUGAACACGCCGCUUUCACCGUUGACGGAGAAUCGAACUGUUUCCCGGUCGGUGGAGCUAUGUGGCAAGGCUAUCGGACUCUUAAGCUCUAGACAACCGUUGACGUCUCGUAGUGUUGUUCGUCGGCUGGUCGUGAGGGCGUCUGCAGCUGAUGCCGAUGGAGCUUCCGAUGGGUUGACUGGCCCUUCAAAGAGCUUUGCCGCAAGAUUUCCGGCACUUGUUACUGGUUUCUACUUCUUUAUGUGGUACUUUUUAAAUGUUAUUUUCAACAUACUCAACAAAAAAGUCUACAAUUAUUUCCCAUAUCCAUACUUUGUCUCUGUCAUACAUCUUCUUGUUGGAGUUGGAUAUUGUCUCAUUUCUUGGGCUGUAGGUCUGCCAAAACGUGCUCCGAUGGAUAAGGAGCUCUUGCUGUUAUUGACACCAGUUUCGCUAUGUCAUGCACUUGGACAUGUGAUGUCAAAUGUUUCAUUUGCAGCUGUUGCUGUGUCCUUCACUCACACUAUCAAAGCCUUGGAGCCAUUCUUUAACGCUGCUGCUUCUCAAUUUAUUUUGGGACAUCAAAUUCCUUUCAGCUUGUGGCUCUCUCUAGCACCUGUUGUCUUGGGUGUGUCAAUGGCAUCACUAACGGAGCUUUCCUUCAACUGGACUGGCUUUGUUAGUGCAAUGAUUUCAAACAUUGCAUUCACUUAUAGAAGUAUCUAUUCGAAGAAGGCAAUGACAGGAAUGGACAGUACGAACGUGUAUGCAUACACCUCAGUAAUUGCUCUUUUGUUUUGCAUUCCUCCUGCAGUAAUGAUCGAAGGACCGCAGCUACUGCAGCAUGGUUUUAAGGAUGCCAUUGCCAAAGUGGGUCUCCAAAAGUUCCUGUCUGAUCUUUUCUGGAUUGGAAUGUUUUAUCAUCUAUACAAUCAGCUUGCCACUAAUACUCUUGAACGAGUUGCACCAUUAACACAUGCUGUAGGAAACGUAUUGAAGCGAGUUUUCGUGAUUGGGUUCUCCAUUGUUGUUUUUGGCAAUAAAAUCUCAACUCAAACUGGAAUUGGUACUGCUAUAGCAAUUGCCGGUGUCGCCAUCUACUCCUUGAUUAAAGCAAACUUGGAGGAGCAAAAACGGAGGGCUGCUAAAAUUCCAGCAUCAUAGAAGUUCGGCACGAUUGACCGUGAAUAAAGCCUGCUCGUAGACGAGGUCGAGGCGUUUGCCCGUGUUUCGGAAUUUGAUGCUGUUGCUUGAUUACUCACCUGAAGAGCCUUCUGUACUUCCACAAAAUAAACCACAAAUGGUUGCACCAAACCCAGCCCUCUAUUAGGAAAAAAUGAAGUAUGCCCCGAACACGCAAGGAGCAUAACAUUUCUUUCUUUUUGGAUCGUCGGGAAGGGACAAAAUAAAGAUCUCGUUCUUUCUUCAACAAUGUCUGAUCUCUAGUGAACCUCUCAAUAGGAUUCGAACCCAUAUUCAGUUCUUAUAAAAAAAAACGAAUAAAUCUUGUAGGAUUCUCGAAA